GCGGGAUGCGGGAUGCGGGAUGCGGGAUGCGGGAUGCGCUGCCGCCCGCCGCUGCCACCGGGAGGAGCCCUGGACCAGGCAUCACCGGCGGCCUCGGGACCCCAGUUCCUCCCUCGGCAGGUUUGGUCCUCACGUAUGGCACAGCCCCACGGUCCCUGUGCUGGCUCUGUGGAAGCUGCAACGAUGGCCAGGACCUACAGCUGGUUUGCUGCUGGUGAGAGUCGUGUUAGGCUACUGGCUGAUGAGCCUGAAGAACUUGAGCACCUGCGUCUGGCAGUGUGAGGACAGCAGCAGCGCUGAUGGAUGCUUUACUCACCACAGAGGCCACGCAAAUGGCAAAUUCCUGCAUUGCGAAGACUGCUGGUGGGACGGAGGCGGCCGUGCUGCCAUCCGCUGGGACUCUGUCAGAGUCAAUGGAGUUUACUACUUUGAAGUAUUUCCUUCACUCUUGCUUUCUGAGGAGAAUCUUUUCAGUAGUGCUGCUUUGAAACGAGGAGCCCCCCCCAGCAGGGGUAGAGUAUCUGCACAGGCUUUGCUUACCCAGUGGUGGGAGAGGAAGCCCUAGGAACACCCCCUUCCCAGCUCGCCUGUCAGCCUUUCUGCUGACGGAGGAUAAGAGGGAGAAGGUGGAUAACAGCAGGCAGCUUUUCCGAUCUGAGCUCCGAGGGGAGAGCAGCGGCAGCAUUUCAUUAGUCUGCCUCUUAAGGCAGUGAAGUCUCCAUCCCCUCCCACGGUCCCUCCCCAGCCCAACCCCAUCUGGCACAGAGGUGGUGGGACCUCAGCCUUCAUCUGAAGCUUCCCAACAAGCCCCAUGAUUCCCUAUGUCAACUGCUCCAGCCCUGAGUUCUCCCUGCCCCACCAAGAUUUUCCUGUGGAGUCCAUCAGACCCAAUCUCUGCAACAAGAUUUACCCAGAGACCUUGUUCGAUCCCAAGGAUGCCAACCUGACAGAGGACCAGCUGCGGGAUAAGUACCUGGGUCCUCAACGGUCCAACUUCUUUGUCCCUGUCUGUGUCAUUUACCUGCUGAUCUUUGUGGUGGGGGCUGUGGGCAACACGCUCACCUGCAUUGUCAUCCUCCGGCACCGGUUCAUGAGGACACCCACCAACUACUACCUGUUCAGCCUGGCUGUGUCCGACCUGCUGGUGCUGCUUCUAGGGAUGCCGCUGGAGCUGUACGACUUGUGGAGCAACUACCCCUUCCUGCUGGGUGCCAGCGGCUGUUAUUUCAAGACACUGCUCUUCGAAGCUGUCUGCUUUGCCUCCAUCCUCAAUGUCACAGCCCUGAGCGUGGAGCGCUACAUCGCUGUGGUGCACCCACUCAAGGCUAAGUACGUGGUGACGAGGAAUCAUGCCAAGAGGGUCAUCAUUGUCAUAUGGGUUUUGUCAGUCAUCUGCUCCAUCCCCAACACCAGCCUGCAUGGGCUGCAGCCUCUCUAUGUGCCUGGCCGAGGGUGGGUGCCCGAUUCAGAGGUCUGUACCCUGGUGAAGCCACGCUUGACCUACAACCUCAUCAUCCAAAUCACCACUGUUGUCUUCUUCUUCCUGCCCAUGGGGAUCAUCAGCAUCCUCUACCUGCUCAUCGGCCUGCAGCUCAAGAAAGAAAGGAUGCUGGAGGCCUUGGGAGCCAAAUCUGGUAGCAGCUGUGACUCUCACCAUGCCCAGGAGAAGAAAAAGUUCAAGAGGAGGCAGGUCACGAAGAUGCUGUUUAUGCUGGUAGUGGUGUUCGGGAUCUGCUGGGCCCCUUUCCACACUGACCGCCUUGUCUGGAGCUUCGUCUCCACCUGGACCAGCCACAUGCUCCACAUGUUCCAGUACAUCCACAUCAUCUCAGGUGUCUUCUUCUACCUGAGCUCUGCUGCCAACCCCAUCCUCUACAACCUGAUGUCCACCCGCUUCCGGGAGAUGUUCAAGGAGGUGAUGUGCCACCCUGGCCACCGCCUGCCAUGGUCACGGAAAUACUCGCCCAGCAUCACCCGUGCCACCACCCACAGCACCGAGUGUGAGCCCAUGCCCAGCACCAAUGCAUUGGCCUCUGACGCUGAGGAAUAUGAGCUGGAGGAGGUGGAGGAGGGUCAGGCCACCACGCGUGAAGUGUCCCUCUGCUGAGCGGGAUGAUGCAGCAGGACCAGGACUGACUUUCCCCACCAUCGGCAUCAAUCUGGCCAUGGCACCCAUCAUCCCAUGGUGGGGAGCAGGGCAGCGGGGAGCAAUGGAAGGGUUCCUGCCUCUCUGUGCCAUCAUGCUGGAAUGACAAGGUGGCCAGGUUGACUUUCUCAGCAGCACUGCUCCAGGACACAGUGAUGGUGGCCAUGCUGUGCUAUGGAUGCACUGCAGCUGCUGUGUUCAGCACCAGGACUGGUGAAGGCCAGAGCGUCCCUUGUGGUGCAGGGAUAGCUGGCUUCUAUGCCAGCAGUCUCCGAAACCAACCCAUUCCUCCCAGCCCAUAGGGCAGACUCCGUGGGUGCUGAGGGCAUUAGGGACCCUGGGCUGUUUCAGGAUGCUGUGCUGGAAGGAUGCCCUGAAAGGUGCUCGCAUCCAGGCUGAGAACCACAGGGGCAGGAGCUGUUUGCAUGGGAUGGAGUGAGGAAAAAAAGUCUGUAGGUGACUUCUCCCUCAAGAUGUCCCCAGAACCCCUGAUUUCCUUGCUUGUCCCUUUGAUAGUACUGUGUGUGGAGAAAGGGGCUCCUGAUGGCCGGUGGUGCCUCCUGGUGCCCAGCUGGAGGGUGCUAGUAUAGGUCCUUGCUCCUAGCUUCCCUCCGACUGUGCAUCCCUAGGCUCCCAAGGGCAAGGGAAGGUGCAUUGCUGCUCCCCCUAGAACUGGAGCCUUCAGGAGAACAUGUGGGACAACAGGAGCCCCUGGCUGCCUGCAUCGCCAAGGCACAGCUCAACUAUGCCCAUCCCUACACCUUACAAAUAUGUCUCCCUUUCUCCUCUCCAAACCCAUAUCUGGUGUGUGUCACUCUCCUCUGCCGCAGCCCUUUGCACCCCUGGGGAAAGCGGGGAGCCCUUCUCCAUCCCUGCCCCGCACAGGCUGGGCCUCAGAGAAAAUUAAAAAAAGUCAUUGGCCUGAUUUGUGCCCCGAUCGCAUCAGCCAGGGCCCAGGUCUGCUCCCAGCACAGAACUGAACCCGGGCCAUCCUGCUGGGAGGGUGACAGGCCAGCACGCACCAGGGUGAUGGCCGUUGGGAGUGUUCCCCCUGGAUCUGCCGCCACGGUGGGUCUGCAGGGCCAGCUGCGCUCAGGCCACACCAGGGAAGGUGUGAGUAGGAUGCUCAGCUGGGGCCAGGGCUGGUGCGGGGUGGGAGCUGGUGCCGGAGCAGUGGCGAUCAAUCCAUUCCCAGACAUGCGACUCUGGAAAUGUCGUGAAAAUGCCAGGGAGCGCGGGCUGGCUGGUUGCAUUCCCCAGGGCAGGAAGGCCCCAUCAAUUAACUGUCUGCAGUCAAUGCUGCUGACUUCCCAGCAUGCGCCAGGUCCUCCCGCAGGCUGAAUAUCAAGGCUCUGAAAUGCCACCUGAGCGGCUGUCUGAGCAGCUUGAGCUCUUGCCUCAUGACUUCCCCAGCCCCGGUUCCCCACAAGCCAGUCAGGGAGGCUCCGCUGGCCUGGCAUCCCAUGGCCAUGCCUCUGGGCAGUGUGGAUGUGCCAUUGGGGCUCUCCUGGGGUGCCAAGCAGAACUGGAGGAGCGAGCCCCAGGCAGAGCGCUGACAGAAGCAUCACUGCUUGCUGCUGCUCUGCUUCCAGCCCCUCACAAGCACAUCAUUUGGGGCCAUGGCCGGGCCACUGACCAAGAAGGGGCAGGAUUUGUGGUUUGCAAACUCUCUCCUGCCCCCAUUGACCCAGUUCCUAGCUUGGGGGCAGCACAGCUGGCUUCCCCCAACUCCCAAUCCCCACAGCAGGAUCUGCUAUGGGCAAAACACCUCCUUGGCACUUGUGUGCUGCUCGGUGAGGGUGGGCAUGAGGCUGCAGUAACUUUGCACUUCAGGGUCCUCUCUCAUGUCUCUGGAAGACAUCAGCAUCAAAGACAUCAGGAUACAUCUAUUUCCUCCCCUCUCAGGCUCCCAUCGCUGAUGGUCCUGGCAAGGGACAGCACCCUGGCAGCUCUGUGGGGCCCCUGGUCACUGCUGCAAGAGUGGACUUGAUUGAUGACUCCUUGAUGACCAUUAUUACCCCAUCUCACUUCACCCGUCUGCUUCCCUGGCAGCAAAUCUGCAGGGAAUGACUUUUUAAUAGGUGCACGAUAGCAUUUUAUUACGCAGCGGUAGCCACCUCUGUGGAGCUUCAGGGUCGCUCAUGCUGUGAGUUAGGAGGACACAUCCCCCUGCUUGUGAGCAGCCAGAUUGUGUGAGGAUACGGCUGUGCCCACUGCAGCUUGAGCUCCUCGGUCAGUGCCAGAAGACAGCCCGUAUCCCCUAGGUUUUCUUGGGUUCUGGGGCUCAGCACAGCUGCAGUGGAAUUCAGGGCAGCCAGAAAGGUGAAGCACUGGCUUUUUCUUCAUCCAGCCUUGUGUCCCCGGUUGCCCUUCUGUCUUCUGAUCUGGGACUCCCCAUCCUGCUCGGCUACCCCAAAUUCCCCUCUGAGAUGCAGAAGGAGAAUGUGCUGCUGAGGCCUCGGUGUGCCUCGGAUGGCCAUGUGGGAAGGAGGAUGCCAAAACACCACCUGGGAGUUCUCACUCACUAAAUGAUCUUUUUGGGAUUCAAGGGACCCUAAAAGGGAGAGAGCUGGAUGUCAGAGGCUGGAGGAGAGUAUGUGGAUGCUGGUGGAUGGGUUUGUUCUGGGUCAUUGUUCAGAGCUGGGGGAAGCAUCUCUCUGUCCCUGCAAUACAAAGCAUGUGGCCAGGUCCGGCUCCACACUGCCAUCUCCUCCCCAAACACUUUGUUCUAAAAGAGCUAUACCCCAAAUAUUGUCCAUCCAUGCUCCCAGAUUUGUGGCAGUGCCUGUCCAACAGCCAGUUCCUGCCUAACCACCUGCUCCCAGCUCCAAGGGGACCCUCCUGCCCCACUGUACCUGCUCAGCACCCCCAUGGCUAGCACUCAUUCCUCCAUAGCUUUCAGCUCCCAGGAGACUCUUUCUCUCCCAGCAGAUUGUGGAGCUGCUUUUCCCCUGUGCCGCUGCAUGCCCUGAGUGACAGAGUCUCUCUGGAGCUUCCAAUAAAAAGAUUUAUCACCAUAGCUUUGGGGAUUAAAAAGCAAUCCAUCUAUGAGGCUGCCCUAGCCUUGUAAGGCGCUUUUUUUUUUUUUGUGCUGCGAUUGUUUGCAACAUACAUAGGGUGGUUGUUUCUUUUUUUGAUUUACAGAGCCAAACCCAAGUUUUACAGCAAUUGCCUCGUAUAUUUGGAGGCAUGAUAGACAGCUCUGGAGAAUGUCAGCAGAUUUUUUUUCCGCCCCUCCUCAAUAAGCCAAGGGAAGGGUUGUUUUUGCUUCUUUUGCACAGACAUGGUAUGGGGAAAACACAUACAGCAUGAAUUUGGCAAAGUCCCUGCAUGCCUGGGAGUGAGUGGUCCCUGCCUGGGGCCAGGCAGUGGGGCAGAUUUGGGCUCCCCAUCCAUGGAUGUGGCACAGCAACCUUUCCCACCAAGAUCUCAGCUUUUGCGAGGAGAGCAGGGAAAAUGCAAAUGUCAGGAGACCCCAGGGAUGUGCUGGUUUUGAGCUCAGCACUGAUUUAUGGUGCUUUUUGAACCACAUUUCAAUUAUUCCACUUACUCCAGGAUACCGGUGCAGGUGAAAAGCUAGCUCCUAGUGCCUACAGACUGGUGAUGGGCAGUAUAGAGAUAGGCAGCAGGACAAAUGGACAGGUGAAGAAAAAACUAAUUUACACAGGGUUUGAUUCUGCUCCUCAAGGACACUCGGGCUCAGUUUCGAGCCCCAUGCUGAAGGCAGCCCAUCUUCCCACCCGGCUCCUCAGUGGCUUCCCAAUAGAGCCAGUACUCACACAGGAACCAGCUUCCAAGGCAGCCAUGUGCUGCGGGAGGCAAGGGGAAGGCUGGGAAGAAGCAGCGUGGGGAGCAGAGCCCACCCUUGGGGCUCUGCCUGGGGGGCUCAGCCACAGCUCUGGAUGCAGGGGCUGGCUCACAGCCACAGUGCAGUGUGACUGUCACCUGCACUGGGGAUGGCUUUCUCCAUAUGGCAAAAAAACCCCACAGCUCUGGAGGGGCCAGACCACAUGCAGAGAAGGAGUGGGCUCAACGCAUAGUGCCCGUCCCCACAGCUGUGCAGGGAAAAUUUCUGGGGCAAAGUGGCCAAUUAAAGCCACUGGAUACAUUCAAAAGUGUUAAGUUCCACUGCAGUGGGUUAGAAGAGACAGACAUUCUGGUUAGCCAACGCCUGCUCCCAUUGCAAUGUGUUGCUGCCAAAGAUGACAGAAUUGAUGUCAGAGGAGCCUUUAUUUGGUUCAUGGGGAUACUUCUACUUUGGUUAAGAAAUUAAAGCAAUGCAUAAUUAGCACAGCAGUGAGUGGAUGUAAGCGGUAAGUAAGCAGUAAGCAGCUGGGUGAUUGGCAGAGCUCUGGAGCAGGAAGGGACUUCUACGAACUGGCUGCCAGUGGGGCAGGAGGGAUCAGACUCAGCCCAAGCCCCCCACAUCAUCCCUAGGCAUUGCCUCUGAGCAGGUCUCCAGGGCUGAGGGAUUGUGCCCCGGUGGUGGACCCCGAGACUGACUUGGAAGACAACAGUCUGUAAAGGGCUUCCCCACAGCCCACAAAAGCCAUACUGGGAGUCCCUAGCACAGGACUCAGACAUCUGCCCUGGUCCCCUCUGUGGGAUGUGGAGGGUACCACCUUUCCAGUCCUCAUUGAGGUGGAACAAAUUCCAGCAUGAAGAGCAAUGCUGGGAUCCCCAGACUGUGAAAAACUAACUUUUAUCUGGUUUUGUAUGCAUUUAGGACCAGUGAAACAUGAGAACAAGCUCCCAAGGGCACUGGUGGAAGCCCCUGAGGGGAAAUGCCACCCCAUGGAUUAGGUGCUUUUCCAGAAGGUCAGCUCCUCUUCAAAUGCAUUUUUGAGGGUAUUUGUCUCUGCUAAGGACCCAGUCUGUGUCAGAGUCAGGAAGGGAAAGACAGCCGUCACCUCCCAACUCUACUGUGCCCAGAUGGCAUCUCCCCCUCUCUCAGUAACCGUUUUGGUACCUGGGUUGACCCCCUCCAAAAUGAGUUUGCAAUAAAAACAAGUAAACAAACAAGACUUGGACAUCAGGGCUAGACCCCAGCAGUCCCUGCUUUAAUGUUAUUAUAGCAGCAGGCUUUAAUUACAGGGGUUUAUUGCUCUUUGUGCUUAUCAUAGCAGCCAGGACAAGUUUGUCUUCUCAUUUUGGGACUAUUUAAUGUGACACAUUGAAGAAAGCUAUCUAAGAGGCAUUUGGAAGCCAAACACAUCUUUCUUGUUAUCUUUCUUGGGCAGGUAUAGUGAGCAUCUCAUAUUAAAGACCAUCUCAUAUUAAUGAUACUGAGACCAGGUGUAAGACAUCCCCUCCUGCCCCUCCAGAGCUCACAUCAUGCAUAGGGUCUCAGCUGUCCCUGGGGCUAAAAGCCAGGCCAAAAUCUAUUUUUCCUAGAGGAAUCAGCCUGGGCCUGCCAGGAGGGGAGGACACAGGCUCCCAGUGUUUUUUGGUGGAUAUGGGACGGAGUGGCUUCUCCAAGGAAGCCCCUCUCCUUGCCCUGGCAGGUAGGCAGCUGUCUGCAGGUGCAGGAGCUGCCAAGAGGCAGCAGAAAAUAAAAACACAGAAAUAAAUCUAGUUUUCCUCAGCUCCUGUGCCUGAACUCUGCAAGGAUAGCUGAUAAAAACACUUUGCUGCCUGAUACUGGCCUGCACAGGCUUGUGAAAAAGCUCAGCAGUGCUGCCCUCCUUCUUCCCCUCCCACCAACCAGAGGUCUACUGGAGAAGAUCUUGAGAGGGGGAAAUCCCUGGAAGGCUGCAGGGUUACAGCAAGUGGUGGACGAGGUCCUGCUUUGCUCGGAGCAGGUUUUUGGCUUAUUGGUCUGAGUUUCUUUCAGGCAAUUUUCACCCUGAAACACAUCACUACAAGUUGCCUGUCUGGGUCAGAUACCUGCUCUUCAGUGUCCUGCUUACAAGGAGAAACAUAAGCUCUGACACCACUUCUUUCCUGACAUGUCCUACCACCUCCAUAACUACAGCCCUCAGGUGAUCACUGGCCCAAAGCACCCCCUCACAAUCCCUUCAACACUUGGCUUAGUUUAAUUUCUUUUAAUUUCCCGUCCUUUGCUCAGAACAGCUGGGACCAAUUUGCUGCUGCUGUCACCAGAAAGAAAUCAAGUUAAUGACAAGAAAGUCAUUAUAAUUUAGGAGACUCAUCAAGCCUCCCUGCUACAUUAAGGAGGAACAGGGGAGGGCGUUGCUGCUGCCUGCACUGCUCUUUUCUCUUAUGCCUACAGCCUUUAGACACCCCGAUGGCCUGUUAGCAGUCCAGCAAUCCCAGGUUCAAGCUGCCUUUUUCCAGGUACUGCCUUGAAUUCACACCGUGUUCUGUGCCCCUCUGUUUAAGAGCUCUUUGCUCAUCCUGGUGUUUUCGAGUGAUUUCUGCUCCGGUUAAAGGAAGAUCCCCAUCUCUCUCCAGCUCUUCAGCUGUCCAAGCUCAUACUGGCCCUAGCUCCAAAUCCCUCUGCCGAGGCUGAUUUGAACAACUGCCUUGCACAGAUGGAAAAGCAAAUGGUUUGAGAUGGGCUUCUUUUCUAUUUUUCUGUGGCAAUCCUGGCUUGCAGGUGGUGAGUCCAUCUGGCAGCAGCCUGAAACACAAGUCCUGUGCAAAAGCAUCAUCUGUGAGCCAGGAGCCCUGCAAAAUGAGAGCUGAGUGAGGACUUCCUCAGCCCCUGACAUGGUAGGAGGGAGAUAGGCAAAAGUGAUUUCUGCUGUCUGUGUGGUGGAUGGAUGAAUUAAAGACACAGCAGCAAAAAGCAAGAAAACACAAUGAAUGGUGAUAAUGGGAUGGAAAAAUUACACCACAUUUUCAUCCAGCCAGGGUGGGGCGGUGUGGUAAUUGAAACAUUUCAUGGGGUUUUUUCCCCCUGGAAAGAGGAUUUGUGUGUCUGCUCCUUGUCCCUGUGUGGAUAUAACUGGGAAACCUAACAGCGUUUAACCCUAUUCCAGAAGUCAUAAUUAGUUAUAAUUAGAAACCACCUUUCCUUGGAGUGUUGAGAUGGGUCUGAUGGGUCAUAUUUGUGAGUGUCUCCUCCCUUGCUGGGAGCAAUGGACAACUUAAAACAAUAGGAAAGACCAGGCCAAGCAAUCUGGUAUCCUUUCAGUUUAGCUCCCAGAGAAAGCCAGAGUAUCUCGAAGUGCAAGCUGCAGGGAGAUGUAGUCCCACCAGAGCCCCAGUCUACAAAGGGACUUGCUUCAGCCACAUCCUCUCCUUGCUGGUAAAGAUGACUUCUUUCCGGUGAAAUUUCUCUGGAUGUGAUGUGGCCAACAGGCACUUGCCAGCAUCUUCAGGAUCUGCUGGUCUAAUUUUCCCUCAUCUGAGAGGCUGCUCUGUGUCUGGUGCCAGACCUGCAAAAUAUCUUGUCUGCCAAAAGAAAGAUUUAGGAUUUUUUUUUGCAGAAACCAGUGGGGCACUUUGCCACAAGCCACUGCAUCACAGCUGUUCCCUCCAAAUCCCCUCAGCUGCCUUCGCUCCAGCCUCAGGAGGAGCACCUCCUUUCCACAAGUGAGAGCAAGGGCAGAUGGGUAGAUCUUGGUUUAGUGCAAAUACAGGGCACCAGGGCAAAAGAGAAAGGAUUGAAUAGGGCUCUCCCUGCUUGGUGUGGUUUUGCACCUUCCAGUGCUACCAGUGCUAAACGCACCUUUUGUUACCUAGAGAGUAAAGGUUUAGGUGAUGGAACGCUACACAAAUUCUGCAUUACUGCAAGUACAACUCAGUGCUCUUUUAGAUCCAUCAAGGUUUGCCUUUCGCUGGUUGCCCAGGAGCAAGGACCCAUGAUGCUAUCAUCUGCCCUGCCUUUGUUAGGAAGUGGGAGCAGCUCUCAGUUCCCAGUGCUCGGCCAAUCUGCCGGAUCAUUUUAUCAGCCCCCAUGCAGGUUUUGGCAAAGGCUUUGGCAGAAGGUGGAUAGUGAGGCCAGGCUCUGUAUUAACCCCUGUGCUGAUGCUGUUGUCCUGGUGCACAGGAGGGUUUGGACCAGUUCCGUACGGUAACUGCCUGUGCUGACACCACCUUUCUCAGCAAGCAGAUUGCCUUUUCUGGUUUAAAGUAGUGCUCGCUUGGCCACAUUCUGAUGCGGUUAAUCCCAGGCAGUGUGCAGGCUCCACUCUGUGCUCCCCAUCGUCUGGAUAAUACUUGUGCUAAAGCAGCCAUCUGAUUAUUGGACAUACAGAGUCUGGCAGGAGGUGGGCAGACCCUGCUCAUGCCUGCGCUGGUGGCUUGUUACAAAAGGGUUGCUCUGAUCAGAUUUAUCUUCCCAAUCCCAUGGCUGACAACAUCCCAGAGACGUGCCUGGGGCAGCACUGGUUCUCAGAGCCCAGAUCCCCAUCCCCACUGCUCAUCCAUCUCAUGGCCGAGGGGUGCUUCGUGGAGUAGGGGCUGUCUGCCCCCUCCAUGGUACUUCUAGCCCUUCUCUGGCCCCAAGCUCACCAGGAGAAUCUCUCACUCCUGCAGGUUGUCACAGCACUAAUUCAGGUCCUAAGAUUUUUUCACUGCAAGCUCCCAUCCCAUGUAACUAUCAUGUGCCUUGGGAGCAGCUCGUGCCCCUUCCUUGCCAUGAUAAGAGUGAUUAUUAAUGCAUUAGUGUUGGGCUGCUGAACCAUAAUGUCUUUAUUGCCAAUAGCAUUAAGUAUUUAAUUACCCAGUGGGAUGAAUCGAUGGGCUUCUUUCUUUGCUCUACAAUUAAAACUGAACAGGAGAGGUGCAGCAUAAUUUCCAGCCUACUUUAAGCUUCCUUUGCUCUUUCAUGAGCAGGGAGAUGAGCUGAUGGCUUGUAAGGGGUAGGAAGGAGGGGACUUUUCCCCAAGACACAUGUUCUCACCUCCUUCUCAGGAUGCAGACGUCAUGAUAACGCAUUCGCCUGGCUUAAUUAGACUCUACUGAGUCGUUCAGGACAAGAUUUUGAGUCUGACAACAUCAACAGUGGGAAAAUUAUUGCUCCAAGUCUUAUUUUUAGCUACAACCAUAGGAACUUUGAAAGCAGUGGUUUUAACUUGCACCCUGCCAGUGGGAAUUUCCACAGCAAAAGCUGGUAGGCGGAACAGCCCGGUACUGCUGUGACUAGGGACAAACAGCUUGAGAGUGGGCUGGGCUGGGGAAGUACUUUCAGCCUUUAUUUUUAACCUCCUUUGGUUACAGAGCUUGCAGAGGAGGAGAGGCUGGGGCAGAUGGAGGAUGAAAGCCAGGUGGACUCAGCACCCCUGGUGCAGUGCUGGUGACUCCCAAGCUCUGACCUUCCACAGGGUCUCAGGUAGUCUGUACAGCUUGACACCACCCUGGGUCACUUGAGCUCUGCAGGUACGGUCAAAUGCAAAGUGACCCUCUCUAAAAACCUCACCUCAUGGCUGGACCUCCUGAUGCAAGCACAAAAGCUCUUUGGGGUGGCUGGUCCCUCACACUGACAAGCUGGGGGAGGAGCAUUGCAAACCUCAUGAACGGGGUGGUGGGCAACAUCUGUUGGGACAAAACAGCAUAGCAGCUCCCAAGGAGAACAUCAGAUUAUUUCCCACUGAGAUAAAGAAGCCACCCAGCAUGCUUUCCGCUGGUGCCAGUUCCUGCUUCUGAGGGCAGUUUUGACUUGGCUCUGCUGUUGGGCACCUGCCGGCUCCCCUGGCAGAGGUUGGGACAAGUUAUAUUGGGGAGACAUGUAUGUGUGUGCCUGGGAGCUGUAAGGGAUCCCCAGGAGCAGCAGCACACCGUGGGUCUGCUCUCUCCAGUUACACUUAGCUCUGUCUUGGUUUUAGAAGUAAGGAUACGGGGAAACCCUGGAUUCACUGUGCCACUCUGCUCACUGCCUUCACUGAGCGGUGGGCACACGCAGCUCACAAGGCAGGGCUGAGCUCAUUCCCUGGCUCAGAUACAAACAAAAAACAGGGGGAUUGGAGGAAGACUCCUGCUUUUCAGGUUUGGACUCAACAAAGACUCAUUUUUAUGUUUGAGAAGGAAAAAGAAAAAUAAAAUUCCCCUGAUUUAGGUUUAUUCCAGGCAGAGCAUCUGCCUUCUGCUGGCCACGUGCCCAGGAGCUGCUGUGAAAUGGAAUUAGCCCAACGCAAGUCUGUAAGCAGGGGAGCUUCCAGUAGGUAAAAUGUGAGUGAGCUGAAGCAAAGCCCCUGGUCAGUGCACCAAGGGCUUCUGCCAAGGGCCAUAUGUGCUGAGCGACAAGCAAUUUGCAGAUAUUUUACUUGAAUCUCUUGACAGUCAUCCCUGGGGAUCUGGUGCUUGAAUGGAUCAUGUUCUCUUUUGCCCUGGCGCUGGGAGAUGAAUAGGAUGCACAGAAAUGCCUCGUGCAAAGAGGAACUCUCCACUCCGGGCUGUCUCCACUAAAGUCCUGCAGAGCCUUCCCAGUGCUGCAGGGCAACACAGGGAGAUGUGCAAUUGUGUGGGAUUGUGACACAAGCUGGCUGCAGGUCUGAGAUUGCUGAACUGGGAUCACCUGCAUCUUCUCCCUAAGUUGGCUUCCCCGUGGGUUAUAAAGGCAUUUGCAUGUAUGGCUACAAAAUACCUCCCUGUUCCCAUCUCACUGACUUUCUCCAUUGUGAUGCUCCCAAGCUCCUCUCUUGCUACUCAACUUGUUCCACAUCUUCCUAGACUGUUUUCUUUAUCUUACGCCUAAUACAAGUCCUCUUUGUUUCAGUCCCGCUUCUCUUCCUUGCACCAUUUUUUCCAAGGCUUCACUUGUUCCUUCUGCCAAGCAAAGCCAGAGGGGAGUCCCACCUGUCCUGGAGGCUCUGGGUGGCUGUGUGGGCUUUCUGGGGGCACACAGGCAGGUGGCAAGGUCCAGCUGCCAGCUCCAGGUGAGGGCUGUUAGGGAGAGGAACUGGGCUGCCAGAAGAGACAUCUCGGGGAAAAUAGCUUCCUCUGGAAAGAGAAAAGCCCUUCUUCUCUGCAGAGUACCAGGAAUGAUCACUUAAGAGAAAUACUUGGAGGUCACAAGGAGACUAAAUGCUGCAUGUAUAAAACUCCUUGUAUAACUCAACAGAACUUUCCCUUGUCGAGAACUUUAGGAAAUCACACAGCCUCAUCCAGGAUGGACGUGCUGGGUUAUCCCUCACCAUCAGCUGGAGCAGCAAAGAGUAUGUCUGGUUUCAGGGGCCCAUGCCAAUCCCUGCAGCAUCCCACCUCAAAGAAGGAUGCUCUUCACAGAAAAAUAUCCUGUGUUCUGCCACGGAAAGUUGACUUCCAUAGAACCAUAGAAUGGUUUGGGAUGAAAGGGACCGUGAAGAUCAUCUAGUCCAACCCUCUGCAAUGAGCAGGGAUAUCUUCAACCAGAUCAGGUUGCUCAAAGCCCCAUCCUUGACCUUGAAUAUUUCCAGAGGUGGGGUAUCCAACACCUAUCUGGGCAGCCUGUUCCAGUGUUUCACUACCCUCAGCAUAAAAAAAUUCUUCCUGAUAUUUAGUCUAAACUUCUCCUCCUUUAGUUUAAAACCAUUACCCCUUGUCAUACUGCUACAGGCUCUUCCAAAAAGUUUUUCCCUAUCUUUCUUAUGAGCCUCCUUUAAGUAUCGAAAGGCUGCAAUAAGGUGUCCUUGGAGUCUUCUCUUCUCCAAGCUGAAAAACUUCAAGUCUCUCAGCCUCUCUUCACAGGGGAGGUAUUCCAGGCCUUUGAUCAUUUUUUGUGGCCCUCCUCUGGACCCGUUCCAACACGUCUGUAUCUUUCCUAUGCUGAAGGUUCCAGAGCUGGACGCAGUAUUCCAGACGUGGUCUCACCAGAGCAGAGUAGAGGAGCAUCCCCUCAACUCCCCACUCCAAGGCACAGAACAUGAGCUGGCGUGCAUGCAGCCACUUGAAUUAAAUGCUAUGUGUCACAGCAAGCCCUGUGUCACAGCAAGCCUUCAUCCUCAAGGGCUCUUCUCUUGGCACAGCCAAGUAGGUAGUGAAGAAAAGAUUUAAUUAGGCUACCACACAGGCCUGUCUUAUUUGAUGCCCUGCAUUAAUUAGGGCCUGGGGAGAGUUUUCUCCACCUGUCACGUAUUUGAAGUGAGCUGUGAGGUUGGAAAGAGAGAGGACAAGUGUGUGUCUGGCACUGCUGGGUUACCAUCCCUCAGCUGCUCUGUGGUAUCUGCUGGGGUGGCUCCGGCUGGCACCAGGUGAAUGGCAGGGAGCAGUGGGAUGGGAUGAGGUGGGCACCAUUGGUAGGGGAGGGGGCUUUGCUGGUGGGAGAUGGGGAUGCUCAAGAGGUCUUAAGUGCACCUGGACUGUCCUCUUUGCCAGGCCGCUGCUGGGACCAUGUAGCAGGUGAGCUGCGAUACCGGGCAAGGUUGGGGCUAGGGAAUGUGGGGCCACAUUUGAUGGCUUUUCUAGCUAAUUUCCUCCUCCCUCUGAACACCCAUGUAGGGGUUGGUUGGAGGUCCCUGACGGUUUUCUAGCAGCAGAUGCCUGCAUAAGCCACAAGUAAAACCGACUGUUCUUGGCUGUUGCUUGUAUCUGCUGGGUAUCAGAUACAAGGCUCACCUCAGUCUCUCUUGUGUCCCGAGAUAUUCUGGGACAGAUGUGGCAGGAGGUCCUGCUCAGCUGCCCCCACGGAGCUGGUUUCGAGACCCACUCGGGACAGGCAUUGCAGCCUUUUGUCACCAUCUAGUGGAAACACAUCCCCCGACCAGGCACAGGGUGAGCAGGAGGUUUAGGGACAUGCACUCCCCUCACCUAUGGUCCCUAUGGGGGUGUCCCCCUACCCCGGGCUGGGUACCCAUGUUAGUUGGCUUUUGGAGAUCCUCAUUUGCCUUGCAGUCCUGGCAGCAGCAGCCGGGCAAGGUGUCCCCAGUGUUGCCAAGCUGGGCAGAAGCACAGGGGACGAGUCUCUGCUGUGCCAGAAACAGUGAAUCCGUGGCAAAUCCCUCCUGGGGUUAAACCAGCUAAAUUCCCUUUAAUGGUGGAAUUAGAUCAAUGUUCCCAUGAUGCAGGCAUGCUACAACAGGAGACAGCCAUAAAAGCACUGAAAAUCCACUUCACAGAGCUGUUAAACUUGCUGUUUCAGUCAAAUCACUCCUCUCUGAUGCUGCUCUGCAAAUCUCCCUUGACCCUGAGAUUUCUGGUAGUGCCUGCACAGGAGGAGGGCUGUGCUGUGCUGCUGGGACAGCUUUGCAACACGAUGUGUUCCCAGAAAAAGGCUGGCCUUGCUACUGCUCUGGCAUCUCCUGAGCAGUGCCGGUGCUGCGCGGAGGUUGUGACCACAAGUGGAAUACAGGGAACAACCCAGGCUAGUUGCCAGCGUCCAGCCUCAGAGAUGCCAGUGCCAAGGACAACCCGCCAGCACGGGAGCAAGCUGCUGGAGAAGAGAUGGAGCACAGGCCGUACCGUGAUGGCCCCUGCCAGAGCUGGGAACUGAGGCUGGCCAGCUGCGAGCCUAACCCUUUGCUGAUCCCACCACUGGCACUACGUUACUAGACACAUACAGUGUCCCAGCUACCAAAACUGCCCCUGGCUGAAGCAACAGCUGUCCCUUUCAGCUGGCAAACCAAUUCUCCUGCAGCACAGAGGGGAACCAAGGCCAGCAACAGCAUCAGAGCUGUACACAAUGAUAAAAUGGAAUUUUGUCACACCACAUGCAGGCUCACUAAGGAGGGAGGAGCAAUUAGCUCUUGCUUCAGAUAAAUUCCUGCCAGGCCUCUCCCUCCUCCACCUCCAUCACCUUGCAUCCCCACAGGCUACCCUAGGUCCGUGUUGCCGCUUCCCCUGGGCACUCAGGCACUCCUGCAGAAUGCAGGAACCUGAGCCAGGCGUUGCUGUUUCGCAUGCAGAGUCCAGCUGACCUGCACAAGGGGGUUCCCGGGUGGGUUUCCCAUCUGCCUGUGCACAUGACAAGGGCUGGGACGUGGGCAGUGUCCCCAUCUGUUCCCAGCACUCUCCUUCCCUAUGCUGGCUGAUGGUGGCAAUCUUUCCAUAGGCUGCCUUAACUCCUGGAGAGGCUGGCUGAUCCCAUCACCUUUCUGAGCCAGAGCCCUCCGCCAUGGCUCUGCCUGCCUGGAAGCUGCCUCCCACCAUCCAGCUGAAGAGACACUAGGAGGUUUCCCCUCAAGGGCAUCAGGACCCAACAUUCAUUGAGAGUUUGUGGCUUUUUUCUUAAGCGCUCCCUAGGAUCUCACGUUCCCCUAGUUAAUGACUUGUCUUAAGCACAUCAUGGGAAGACAAACUGUUAAGGUCUCACGUGCGUAAGUUGAGGAGCCCCCAGGAGCUGGCUAGAUGCCCAGCUUGAAGUGAGAAGGCAUGUAAGGCAGCAGGGAAGCCCGGCAGGAGCCGCUUAGGUCGUUGGGGAACACCAUGCACAGGCAGGGGCAAUGCAGCACUCGGCUCUGCCAGCAGCCUGGCAAGUUAAACAAGGGUGCAAUGUGCCACCCUGGGGUUGCUCCAACUGCGACUUUAUAGCCACUCGGGUAAAACUUCACAAGGAGGAA